CGACGAUUAUGGGAUUCAAUCAAGCAUCAUUCACACAUUUAUAUAGUUUUCCUCUUUCCAUUCCUUGCCUCUAGUCUCUCAAAGCAACUUUUAUAUAGUUUCACAUUUGAAAUCCUAUAAAUAAAAACUCCUUGGCCUCCUACAUAUUCUUACCAAACUCUAGGAGGGGGUCAAUUUAUUUCCGAUGACCUUCUCCAUUAAGUAUUUGAAAAAAAUUUGACUUAUAAUAACAGAGAAAAAUGGAAGACAAUAAAAAGAGAAAGAACAUUGCCAUCCUAGGGGUGUGUUCUAUCAUCCUAGUUGCUAUGGUAGUUGCUAUUACAAUAGGAAGCCAAGAAACAAAUGAGGAGUCAGAAAAUGAGAAUGGCAUGGUUGCAUCCCGAAAAGCUAUCGAGUCCAUAUGUAAGCCAACCACAUAUAAAGAAACUUGUGUCCAAAGCCUCUCCGCCUCGAAUACAACUCACUCGUCCACGGAUCCUAGAGUGCUUAUUCAAGCAGCAUUCAAUGUCACGAUCAAUAACAUUCGCAAUUCGAUAAAAAAUUCGAGCCUGUUUGCCCAUCUCAAGGAUGACGCGAGGUCGAAACUUGCAUUGGAGAAUUGUGAGGAACUAGCCGACCGUGCUAUAGAGGAUCUCCAAAGGACAUUUGUCAAGUUUCAAGACAUUGACAUGCUCAAUCUAGACAAUUGGUUGGACGAUCUCAAGACCUGGCUUAGCGGUUCCCUCACUUAUCAAGAAACAUGCUUGAGCGGCUUUCAAGAAAUCCCCGGGAACGAAGAGAAACAAAUGAGGGAGCUUUUAACAAAGUCCAUGGAAAUGACAAGCAAUGCUCUUGCUAUGGUUGCAGAAGUUUCUUCCCUUGUUACGACCCUCGGAGGCGAAGAGCCCCGUGCAAACAACGAGAUGAACAAACGUCGUCUUCUGUCAAAGAACUUCCCGAAUUGGGUCAGCUCUGGAAGGCGUAGGCUUCUCACGGCCAGCCUCGGCGAGGUGAAACCAAACCUCAUCGUAGCCAAGGACGGAUCCGGGAAUUACACGAGCAUCAAUGAUGCUUUGAAAAACAUUCCUACCAAAAGCGAUGAAACAUUUGUUCUCUACAUCAAGGAAGGCGUUUAUGAAGAACAAGUUACCAUUUUCCGCAACAUCACUCAUCUCACCAUGAUAGGCGAUGGUUCAAACAAGACGAGAAUCACCGGAUGGUUGAACUUCAUUGACGGAAUCUCCACCUAUCACACCGCCACCGUUGCGGUUCUCGGAGAUUACUUUAUGGCGAGAGACAUCGGAUUUGAGAACUCCGCCGGGCCGGAAAAGCACCAGGCCGUAGCUCUGAGGGUGGGAGCAGAUAAAUCCAUCUUCUACAACUGCAAGAUGGACGGCUACCAAGACACCCUCUAUGCCCACACCUACCGCCAGUUCUACCGGAACUGCGAAAUCUCCGGCACCAUUGAUUUCAUCUUCGGCGACAGCGCCGCCGUGCUCCAGAACUGCACCAUUGUGGUCCGGAAGCCAUUGGACAAUCAGCAGAACAUCGUGACGGCCCAGGGCCGAAAAGACCCGCACCAGCCCACUGGGCUGGUUCUGCAGAACUGCACCAUUGUGGCCGACCCGGCUUAUUUCCCCGUCCGGUUCACCUUGAAAUCGUACCUCGGCCGGCCAUGGAAGGAGUACUCCAGAACCGUCAUCAUGGAAUCGUACAUCCCCGAUUUCAUCCAGCCGGAGGGAUGGCUGCCGUGGGCGGAGGAUUUCGGGCUGGAGACUCUGUUCUACACGGAGUUCAACAACAGGGGACCCGGAGCUUCGAAAGAGAACCGGGUCGAUUGGACCGGAAUCAAGGAGCUUCCCAAGAACCAAAUCAAACGGUUCACCGCCGGGAAAUUCAUCGACGGGAAUAGCUGGAUUCGACACUCCGGCGUUCCGUACAAUCACGGCCUGAUUUACUCGGCACCGAAGAAGGACAAAUCGGUGAAGUACUCGCACGUAGACGAAGACGACUUCGAAGAUAUGGGAUCUAAGGAAAAGGACGCUUAUGUUUCUCGCCCCGCCGUGAACUCAAUUAGUGUUUCCCCUUUCCCGGCUCCUUCACCGGCCCCUUCCCCGGCCGAAGCUGCAACUCCGGUUUAUGAAUCUCCGGUAGAAGCGCCUUUUAACGAUUGGAAUUAAACCUGUUACGGAGUAUUAUUUACAUACUCAAAUAGUUUAAUCUUUUCGCUCUUUGUUUGUCGCGGCUACCGGAUCGACUUUCCGGCUGAUUGUCUCACUAAUGUCAGUAGAGCGUAUACUUUAAUAGUUUAAUGUGUGAAAAUUCUAAAAAAUAUCUAAAGGUAUUUGUAGUGUUAAAAAAU